UCAAGACGCACGACCAGACGCAGCAGCGUCAACAACAACAAUCUAGAGGCGGCAAAAAGGAAAAAGAGAAGAUCAGCGGUCAUAAAUGUAAAGGUGAAAUAAAGAAGUAAACAACAGAGUGAAGGAGAGAAGAGGAAAAGAGCAGGAGAAUAGUGUGGAAAGGCAGAAAUAAAGAAGUAAACAACAGAGGGAAGCUAAGGAGAGAAGAAAGAAGGGUGAAGAAAAGAAAAGCAUUGAAGGAGAAGAGAACAGACGAGAGGCAAAAAGAGUAGAGGAGAAGAUGGCUCUUUCAAAGAAGCGCAAAUGCCAUUUUACAGAACAAAUCCAGAAAGAAUUUCCAUUUAUACGCCCCUGUCGCCCAGGCCAAGACGACACAGUGGUCCACUGCACCCUUUGCCAGUCUUCUUUUUCAAUUGCCAGUGGGGGGAGAUAUUCUGUGGUGGAGCAUCAGCAGACAAAAAAACAUAAAAAAGGUCUGACUGCCAAUGCUCUUACGCCCACUAUCACCACAUUCUAUAAGAAGACAGAGCCUUCCCAAAAGGAGUUCGAGUUAGCUGUGCAGGAGGGCAUCUUGGCGUACCACACUAUGAAACACAAUCAUAGUUACCGAUCUAUGGACUGCACAGCACAACUGACAAAGAAGCUUUAUGAGCCAAAGUUUUCCUGUGGCCGGACCAAAGGUGAAGCCAUAGUGAAUAACGUCUUCGCACCAUGGGCAACCAAUAUGGUAAGACAGGACCUAGAGCAGGUUGAAUUUGUUUCCCUGUCCAUUGAUUCAUCCAAUCAUGGACAUUUGAAGCUGCUGCCAUUAAUCGUCAGGUAUUGCAAAGCAAAUGAUGGCAGCAUGUCCAUAGAAACAAAAUUGCUUGAUUUUGUUGAACUUAAAGGAGAAAAGGCAGAGGAACUUGCAGCUGAGAUCAUGGUGGUGAUUGAAAAAUUCUCCCUGGAAAAUAAAGUAGUGGCAUUCUCUGCCGACAAUACAAACACCAACUUUGGCGGGCUGAAUAGGGUGGGGAGAAUCAACGUCCACACCAAAGUGAAAAAUGCACUGCAGCGGGAGGUGAUUGGCCUGGGUUGUCCUGCCCACAUCAUCCAUAAUGCAACCAGAACAGCUAUGGAUACCCUUCCCAUCGAUGUAGAGUACCUGCUCACAAAGAUAUUCGGGUAUUUUCAUAUUUACACUGUUAGAGUGGAAAGAUUGAAGAGCUUUUGUGAAUUUGUUGGCCAAGAGUAUCAAAAAAUCUUAGGACACAGCAACGUUCGCUGGCUGUCCAUGCUCCCUGCUCUAGAAAGAGUGCUUAAAAUGUAUGCACCACUUAAAGCCUUUUUUCUUUCUGAAGAGAAAUGCCCUGUUGUCUUGCGAAGAAUGUUUGAAGAUCCACUGACUGAACUGUGGCUUGCCUUUGCCCAUGGAAACCUGGCCAUAUUUAGUGAAACAAUCAAGAAGCUUGAAGGCCAGGACCGCUGUGCUGUGGAGUCAGCUGCAAUCCUGAGAGAGGUGGAGAUAAAAUUGACAGCAAGACGUGACGACAGCUUCAUUCCAGUACUGGCCAGAGGACUACUGGGAGAGCUCGUGGAAAAUGCAGCAAUUACUAGAGAAAACUUUCUCAAUACAACUCAGUCUUUCUUCACAAUGGCUGUGAACUACUUGCAAGCUUGGGGAAAGCAUACAGACAAUUUAAAUGACUUGCACUGUCUCCUUUUAAAAAAUAAACCUCUGCGCGAAGAGAUCCAGAAGGCAACAGCCACACUGCAGGAAAAGUGCCCCAAUGUGAAAAUCAAAGAAGAUGAUUUGUUUGAUGAGGUUUCUGCCCUGCACGAGUUCCUAAAGGGGGAAUCACUCUUGAAAUGGAGAGAGAUUGAGACACCACUCAGUCAGAGAUGGAGCACAGUAUUUACUCAUUUCAAAGAAAAUGACAUCCCGCACACUAACCUGGCAAGAUUAGUGUCUGUUGUCAUGUGCUUACCCGGCAGUAAUGCACCAGUAGAGAGGGUGUUCUCUCAAAUGAAUGACAUAUGGACAGACAGCAGAAAUAGGUUCACUGUUCCUUCCAUCAAGGCCAUACUUAUUGUAAAGACAAACAUCAACCUCCUUUGUGAUAAGUUUAUGGAGAUGCUGGCCAAAGACAGAGCCAUCCAGAAGAAAAUACAUUCUUCUGAGAAAUAUGCAAAUCAGGCUCCUGAGGCGGAGGUGGAUGAAUGAGGGACCCACCAUCACACACAGGCAACGCCAACCAUGUGCAGUUUCUGUAACCACACCUCUACCUGUGAAGGCUUCAAUUAUCUUAUAGUCCAACUAUUUUUACAAUAUCUACUGACACUGAGCUGUGAUAAUAUAACACUGUGAAGACAUACAGGAAACAUUCUGCAUACUGAUAAAGUGUUUGUUUAAUUAUAAAUUUGAUUUUCUAUUAAAAUCCAUUAAUGAUGUUUUUUUAUUAACAUAACUAAUGUUCUAAUAUUUUUUCAGGGCUCCUGUCAGUCACGGCCACGGGCCCUCAGAAUUUUCCUAACUUUUUGCCCCCUAAUGGCACCUCUGACCUUUUGUGUGAUAAAAGCUGGUUAAAAUACAUGAAAAAGUACUUGUCCCCAUUUAUUAUUUCAUAAUGAUAAUAUGUAAUGAUUUUUCACCACCGCAUUGAAAAUGUCCCCGAUUUUCAUUUCAGAAAUCUGGUCACCUUAGUGUUGACGCGAUGUGAUUUCUGCCUGACACUCAAAACAGGUCAAACUGAGGAGGGCUUGUUAAGUUAUCUUCACUCACGCAGUGUAACUUGGUGUAAAACGUAUGAGCGUAGCGUCUGUUUAAGUACUUUAUUCUCAUGUGCACCGGCUCUAUUCAUCUGUCUCAUGCACAGGUAACAAGGGAACUGACAACAUACGUCAUACACACAGAAGCCGUAACACAUCUAAUAAACGGGCAAUACUGCUACCGUAAAACAAUGAGAAGAGCGUUCUCUAUAAUGAUACUUUAACCGGGCAAAAGGGUACUGUUUUAAAUUACCCUUGUGGUAUUUUGACCAAAAUAUGUUACAGACAUUUCAUUAAGAUCCCAAGGAACCAUUUCAACUUGCGGUAAAAUGGGCAUAAUAUGUCUCUGUUAAAUAAAGUUUAGUUAAAUCAAAGAUUGUUUCAUAAAUCUGAUUCAAUCUGUGCUCAUUAAAAGAUAAGAGUGAUGAAGGGCUGACAUUUUUUUAAAUAGUGCUUUCUAAAUAAUGAUUUAAUUAUUUUUCUGGCACAAAAGGGUGAAUGAAUAACAACAAAAAGAAAAUAAACAAAUAUCGGUAUCGGCUAUCGGCCAGAUUGUUAUUUUAAAUAUCGGUAUCGGUAUCGGCCAAGAAUUUCGAUAUCGGUGCAUCCCUAUUAAUAAUAUGUGUUUAUAUACAUCUACAAAUACACAAGUAGUUUUAACUACGUGUUUAUUCUACAUGGAUAAAACUGUGAAUUAUGAGUCAACAACUCUGGACAGAUUUAUAUGUUAAAUAUGUGUAACUGGUUUGAAUCGGCACAAAGAUAAUUGAUUAACACCAUGUGGAGUUGUUAUAAUUGGAGAAUACACACAUCUCAUUAUGUAACACACACACACUCACAUGACAGGAUACAUCAGGAGAGAGAGAAUAACGUUAAAAUUUCCCAGUAUCAAACCAGGGACAAUGUACUGUAACUGUUCAGUCACCACAGUGC